GAGCUCGGCUCGGCUAGAGGCUACCGGGGAGAGUCCUGGUCAUCAGCGAUCAUUGAUCCAACGUCGACCUGUCAAACACCGGACUGUGUUCUCGGCGUAACGUCGAUGUGCCUCCGCGUGUCGUCGUCCCCCCGAAGCUGGAGAGAGAGCUGACUCGAGGGCUCUCCGAUCGGGAGAGAUCGUGCGCGAAUCAGUGAGGGAUCGUUCGUGAAGCUACAGUGAAUGCCUCUGAAGAGCCGAAAGUCCAGUCGAAUUCGACGAACCGCGGGGAUGAGCGAGCUGAGCUCGUCUUGAGUCGAGAGAGACGCUCUUGCGAGAUCACGAGGACAGUGCUAGUCGACGUAUCCGAGAAUGACAGUACUAAGGAUGACCUCGCCGGUGACGCCUGCAUCGACCAGUCCCGACUCGUCGGAGGAGGCCCAGCCGGCAACCGCCAGGCCGGCUCAUCGAUUGAGCUUCUCCGUCGCAGCCCUCCUGGCGGACACCAGGAAGACGUCGAAACCACCGACGAGGCAGGACGGCCUGCUGAUGUCACCCAGGUCGUCACCGGUCGUCCCGUACUCGCCGCUUCGGCAUGAACCGCGCGUCAACUCGUCGGCGAAGCAUCCCUGCGAAUUCAAGGCAUCCCGAUACGUCCUGUCGUCCUCGUCGUCCUCGUCGUCGCCCAAUCCGGAGAUCAGGCUGACUCACUGCCCGUCUCCUCGCAGCGCCUCACAAGACUCCAGAACGUCGAAGUAUCCCGAGACGAUCGACUUCAGCGUCGAGGCGACGACCGGCAGAUGUGCCACCACCCAGGGAAGUGUGGACUAUCGCGUGCAACUGAGCGCCGACACCGGAACCAGCCCGGAGUCCGUAGUGGGCUGUUCCUCGUCGCCGAAGAUCAGUCAGCAGGACACCGGCUCGCAGUCGCCCCGGAGCAGUUCUCACGGCGAGGCCCGUUCGAGAUGCUCGGAAACGGACGACGUCGAGGACGACGAGAGCAGCCUGGUGGACGUGGAGGAUCUCCAGAAUCACGCGGCCAGCGGCUCGACUCCGGUCAGACCAACGCCGGCCUACCUCGGCGGCUUCUCCACCCUCGGCGGCAUCCCCGGUAUCCCGGCCAGCCUUCACCCCGCGGUCUGGGGCGGCGGACACCAGAACGCAGCUGCGGCAGCCGCGGCCGCGGCCGCCGCGGCGACGGCCACGUUCUUCCCUUCGCACUUCUCUCAUCACGCUCCUCUAAACGAGAACGGCGAGCCGGCCAAGAUCAAGUGCAACCUGAGGAAGCACAAGCCCAACCGAAAACCCAGGACGCCCUUCACGACCAAUCAGUUACUGGCUCUCGAGAAGAAGUUCCGGGAGAGACAGUACUUGAGCGUCGCCGAGAGGGCGGAGUUCUCGUCGUCGCUGAGCCUCACGGAGACCCAGGUGAAGAUUUGGUUUCAGAACCGGCGCGCCAAGGCGAAACGUUUGCAAGAAGCGGAAAUCGAAAAACUGAGAAUGUCGGCCGUUAGGCAGCACCACACCGCGCUCUACGGCUCGCAUCCGGGAAUCUUGACGCCCGCCGGUCUUUAUCCCGUAGGAAUGCUUUCUCAUCCCAGUUUGACACCUCAUCACGCGAUCGCCCAGCAUCCCGCGAGAGAAUGAGAGUAACAAAGGGCGGAACCGGCGGCGAUGCUCUUGGGAACAGUUGGAACGAUGAUCUGUCAUCGAAUCGUAACGCGAGAAAUCACCUCCGGACUGUGCAAAAACGGACUCGGAAAUCGGGAGAUCGCGAUGAUCGUUGCCGCAACCACGCCGAAAUGAUCUCACGGAGAGGGAUCUCGUUGCUGACUUUACGUGCUCCAGUAUUAGGAAGUGAGAAAUGUUUUCCGCGCCCGAUGGAAAGACAAUGCGACGUAGUUCCGUGCUGAUGUCGACGGCGACUAAGAUGGGCCGAGAGUUGUUGUAAAUAUUGCAAAUAUCAGCGAAUCGCCGCUGAUCGUUUUUUUGUAUAUAAACGCUUAGUGGACUAUUAGGAGAGAAUGGCGUCGGAUUUACGUUCAGAGCGUAAAUAAUAAGACCAGUGAAUCUUGACCAGAGAGAUCGGAGAGAUGGUUCUUUUUCCAGUUUUGUAUAAAUGUAAAGAGCAAUCGUGCGAUACGAUUAGAAGAGUUUAUUUAAUAAAUUGUAUUGUCGUAA